AAACGUUUUCCCGAGGGGGAUUUCUGACUGCUAUCGCUUCCUGUUUGUUGUCAUGUGUGUCGAUCGAGACGGCACAGAGUGAAACUGACGCCCGACGGGGGAGCGCACGGGGCGGGCAGGGCGAUGUGAGGACCUGGGCGCUGAAAUCUUUUAUCUGAAGAAUGGCCUCUUCGGCGAUAACAGGAUUGGCGUAUCCCCACUAGCUCCUGACCCAUAUUCCCCAGGAUAACGUUGUUUGCAUCGCUCAAGAAGAAUUAAGGGAGACUCUGAUCUGGUUCAGCUGCGCGCAAUCACAGCUCGAGGACCAGCGGGGGAGUUGGUGCGCUCUGGCAGAAAGCAUCCAGCCUCCUCCUCUCUGGAGUCAGUGUUGCUCUCCAUGGCUCCGAGCCUCAGCUACCGGCCGGCCUUAGUGAAAUUCUUUGCAAUGAAACCCCUAUAAUCCAGACUACCUUCUUCUUUUUUGUUUCAAUCUUUACUUACUUCAAAUCGGACGUAGGAAAGAAGAAACCUCACGCGACAAAACACUCUCCAUCUGUCUGCAAGUUUUCGUGUGUCUGUCGCACUGGAGGGGAGGAAGCAAUGGCAGUCCCGGUGAACGCAGCGUUAUCUUUCCUGGUUCUCACCGUGGCAACUGCCUUGUGUGCGGAGGUGGAGGAGCGGCUGGUGAGUCACCUGUUGUCACCAGACCGCUACAACAAGCUGAUCAGACCAGCUGUCAACAAUAGCCAGCAGGUCACCAUUUACAUCCAGGUGUCUCUGGCCCAGCUGAUUAACGUGAAUGAGAGGGAGCAGAUCAUGACCACCAACUGUUGGCUCAGUCAGGUAUGGAAUGACUACAGAUUAAUGUGGGACCCUGAUAAGUAUGAGGGAAUCAAGAAAAUUAGGCUCCCGUCACAACACAUCUGGCUGCCGGACAUCGUCCUCUACAACAAUGCUGAUGGGACCUAUGAAGUCUCCUUCUACUCUAAUGCCGUGGUCUCCAACAAUGGUGAGGUGGCCUGGCUCCCACCAGCCAUCUACAAGUCGGCCUGCAAAAUUGAAGUCCGUGAUUUCCCUUUUGACCAGCAGAACUGCACCCUCAAGUUUCGUUCCUGGACCUACGACCACACUGAGAUUGAUCUCAUCCUCCUCAGUGAUUUCGCUUCACGUGAUGACUUCAAACCCAGCGGGGAGUGGGAUAUUGUUUCACUGCCAGGACGCAAGAAUGAAGACCCUAAUGACAUCAGGUACCUGGAUAUCACCUAUGACUUUAUCAUCAAGAGAAAACCUCUUUUCUACACCAUCAACCUGAUAAUUCCCUGCAUCCUGAUCACAUCACUGGCUAUUCUGGUGUUCUACCUCCCAUCAGACUGUGGUGAGAAGAUGACUCUCUGUAUCUCUGUCCUCUUGGCCCUGACUGUGUUUUUACUCCUUAUCUCAAAGAUUGUGCCACCCACGUCUUUAGCAGUGCCUCUGAUUGGAAAGUACCUGAUGUUUUCAAUGGUGCUGGUCACCUUCUCCAUUGUAACCAGUGUUUGUGUGCUCAACGUGCACCAUCGGUCUCCCAGUACGCACACCAUGCCUCCUUGGGUCAAACGCAUUUUCCUGUACCGGCUUCCCUCUUACCUCUUUAUGCGGAGACCUGGUAGCUCCAACAUCCGUGAGAAGUUCCGGAAAAGACACCAGCAGCGCUCAUACUCUGACCAGAAGCUGCGUGGAGCCGAGGGAGGUUCUGGAAGUCCUGCAGGAAUGGCAGACUCCCCCUCAUCCUUCUUUGUGAAUGAGGAGUCGACCAAACGCUAUGGCUGGAGGAUCAGCGACUUGCCAGAGAACACGGAGUUCAGGAAGAGGAUGACGCUCAAGUGCAACAUUAAUGUGGAGGAUGCGGUGGAUGGGGUGCGCUACAUUGCUGAAAAGAUGAAAAGCGAGGAUGAUGAUGAAGGGAUCAUUGAAGACUGGAAGUACGUAGCCAUGGUGAUCGACCGUCUCUUCCUGUGGAUCUUUGUGUUUGUGUGUGUAGUCGGAACACUGGGCCUCUUCAUGCAGCCUCUGUUCCAGAAUUACAACACUCCCAUUAUUGAUGAGUUAGAUCAUAACUGAAAGCCGACACAUCAUCAUGAACUUUGAGUGCCAUCCCUAGAAACAGAGCUCUGACAACAUUUUAACACACAAACUCACAUGUCCGCCUCGCACCACGCGCUCACUGGGACAUUAUAACAAUGCACUUUAGCCCUCGUCCACAACCUACUCCCUUCAUUACUUCCACUCCUUCAUCCUCCAUGUGCCAUCCUCUGCUCCAAUCAUCUUUAAUCAAUGGAUAACUCUGGUUUAUAACAACUUGGGUCAUAUUUUUGUAGUGUGGCCAUCAUUCCGUACAUGGAGAUCAUACUGUAACUGGAGAUCUGGGAAUGUGGACACAACACAAUGUAUGUGCCCCAACCACUUGUUUACCAAGAAACCCGCAAACCCCCGGGUUAGCCAAACUUAUUUGUAUGAGAAGCAAAAGAGGCAAAUAGUAAAUUCAUAACCUUAAAUGUCUGUUGUACCAUCAGUGAGAGUUGAUUGACUUCCUGUUUCAACAUUGGCCUAGCUUACUUACCGUAAUUAUACGUGUAAACAGCAAAUACUUUGGUGUGUGCAAUGAUAUCAUUAUCAAAAAAGAUCAUAGCCGAAACUAUGAAAAGCCCCAAUUCAUAAUUAACCAUAAUCAUUGAUAACAUGAAGUGAAACCACCAUUCAGCCAUGAUAGUUUAUUUUUGGAAUCAGUAUAGAUUUGGAGUCUCCAAUAAUGGAAAUGUAGCAGUAGUUUAAAAAGAAAACCUUCACUUGACAUUGUUAAUUUGAAAGUGUGUUCCUCCAACACUGUUCACAAAGGUUACCUGGCCAACAGCAACUCAGGACUUUUUCUGUUUAGAACAUAUUUGGUUUUGCUCUUUUCUACCACCCUAUCUCUUUGUGACUUAAUCAAAUUCUAAUGACCCUAACAUGAAAUUAUUAGGGCAUGCAUGCAUACAACACACACUGUUCUUGGUUAGCUCUAAAAGAGAGAACACAAAGAUGAACAAGCCACAGAAACAGAAACUCACAAGUAGAAUUUUUUUGGAGAUACAGGCCUCACGUUAACAACACAUCCCCUGCAUAAGAGAAGAUGAAUCCCUUCUGUGUAGAUUCAUAGAAGAAGAUCACCUCCCUGUCCUUUUGCCAAUAGCACACAUACUGUAUGAAUUUCUAAUAUUUGCCUAAAAAAUGAGAGCGAUAGGGGACACAAAACAGCUUACUGUUGGCCUGUUCAAAUAAAAAUGUGUGUGUGAGAGGGUGCCCAGCCUGUUUAUAUGUGGACUGAUAACAAUACUAAUAAUAAUAAUAGACUGAUCAAAUGUAUGACAAGCUGUUGUUGUGAUGUUUAAAAGCAGUCAUGUUUUAGAUGCAAUAGUGCUAUAAAAAAAGUUAAACUUCAAACCAAUGACCAUUAGGCGUUUGUUACUUACCAUGCUUCUUUUAAAGGUACAGUACACUUGUUUCAUGAAAGCAGUGUCAGCCAGCAUCCAUCACCAAGGAAACCAGCAGCAAUAAUAUUGUAAAGUAUUUUAUACACCGACCUGGGGCAAAUUAGACAAACAGCCUGGCUCUUCACUUGCUUCAUCUUCCAUCAUAUUGUAUGCCCUAUUGUUGCAGUCUGCUCUUAGAGAUUUUACUUAAAUCAGGGUCUAGUAAUUAUUUCCAAGAGGUAUCAUAACUCAACACAAUCCUCAAUCACAAUGCUGUCUGUCACUGCUACCAAUGGUAGCCAAGGAAUAGGUGUACGCUACUAAUCCAGCUGUAUUCUUUCAUCUUUGAUUUUUCAGUGGAUGGUAUGAAUACUGUUCUCUUUUGUUUUCCACUGGCCAGUCAUGUUGUUGAGUUUUGUUUGUCUAAACAAUAAAUGCUGAGAAUUAUAGAAACUGUGAUGGGAGCUGAUGUCAUGAAAACUGGACCAAUAAAGGGAAAUGAAAGCAACAAGCAGACCUGAUAAA